GUUUAACUAUUUGGCAGAACGAUUUCGUCGGAUGACAAUAACUAGCGUAUUUCUAAAAUGCACUUUGAUAUGCACGCGUCUAACUAAACGCACUCAUCUAAUAAAGGACCGGUAGCAGAGUAGCAAUGAGCGAACGUAGCAGCAUGUACUAUUCUGCUAGCACUUUAUUGAGCCCCCCGCGGAUGACUCCUGAUGCUGUCAGCGGACCAAAAGUCAGCCUAUUUCGCAGCAAAUCAGAGGGAAACCUGGUUGGGAAGAAGCAGCGCCAACAGCACCAGAAACUCGGCAAUCUCAUCGUCAUGCCUCUCGAUCGCUGCAUCCGAGCAAUUUACGGAAGCUGGCGUAAUCUCAAGCAGCUCGGCGGCAUGAGUCGACCGUCGAAAGCAGUAACCCAGGUGAAGAAGGUGGCGCCACCCUCGGUCCCCAAUGACUUCCGGCAUUCGGGAGCGUCCUUCGGGUCAGCCGGUUACGCCAGCAGCGAGGAUGACUGUCUGAACAUGACCGGAGGGGGUAAUCCUGGUGGACCCAACGGUGAUGACGGCUCCUAUGGAAUGCCUGCGGGUAAAAGCCCCGGUCCCAUUUUCACGCAUCCAGGCUUCUCCUUCCCGCCAAUGGUCGGCAAGUACGCCCAUGCCGAGGAUCAAGGAAUCGACAUGACUCAGAGUCCAGGCAGGGAUAGUCCCGGCAGUUCAGGCUCCGGCUCAGGUUCACGACACUCAACGGCUUCGUUGGACUCAGGACGCGCUUCGGGCUAUCACUUGGGGCCACGCAGCGCAGGAGCCCUUACUUCCUCGCCGAGAUGUUCGAUCAGCUCGUUGGGCAGCCAUCCAGACAGACCGAGCGACCUCGACGGUGUUCACGCCUGGUUGACCGAACUCCAAUUCGACGAGUACUUUCCAUUAUUCGCCUCUGCCGGUUACGACCUCGCUACCAUCACCCGCAUGACCCCAGAAGAUCUCACAGCUAUUGGUAUAAAAAAGCCGAACCAUAGAAAGCGACUAAAGACCGAGAUCGACAACCUGAAUGUGGGUGACGGGCUUCCGGAGCAUGUGCCCGGUUCCCUCGAAGAGUGGCUUAGGCUGCUUAGGCUCGAGGAGUACCUUGGUGCCCUGCACCAGCAAGGCAUGCGCUGUGUUGAAGACGUCACGAUCCUUACUUGGGAGGAUCUUGAGGAUAUUGGAAUCGUGAGGCUAGGUCAUCAAAAGAAACUGCUCCUUGCAAUUAAGCGGGUCAAAGACAUCAAAGCCGGCAAACGAAUACAGCCUCUGGACCUAGCAAGACUUCCGCCCCAUCCUGGACACACGCAGGACGUGGUAAUUCAGCGUGGUGGUCAUGAUUUACCGUCUCCCGACGAAGACUGCUCCUCGCCGAUCCUCAGAUCAUUCCAGCGUCCGGUGGACAAUAUGAGUAGUGGGAACGGUGCAUCUGUGGCAGGAUGGCGCAGCAUGUACGCGGCCCUGCCUGGAAGCCUUGACUACGCUACUGUCGGCCGAGGUGGUUCUAUUUGUGGCAAUAGCGGCAAUAGCGGUGGCUAUUCACGUGGCAAAUCCUUAGAGAGUCUUGAAGAUGUACCCUUGGGUUAUCCACCCUCACCCGCACCCCAGUCCCAUCAGCCUCAGAUUCUCGACUGGCGGCCGCGCAGCUACGACGACGGUGACCUUACACCCACCAACGACCAUACACUCGUUAUCGAGAACAUUGGUGGUGGAACCUUGCCGAGGCCACGACACUGCCUCGUACGACCUCGACCUAUUGCCAAGAUUCAGGCAACGUCCGGCCAGUUCAAAUCGUUGCCUCGCGACUUCGAUAACAAGUACCAGUUAACAUAUGGACUGGACAGCAGUCCGAGCCUCUUAAAGCGGCGGCCUCCCUCGCCACCACGGCGCCAGAGCUCCCGUGAACUUGGCUCUGCCUCCUCGGUGAGCAGUGUCUGUAGUGGUAACGGGGAUAUAGUCAUCGACUGCAGCGGUCCUGUACCCACAACCACGUGCGAGGAACAUCACCAGCGGCUCAUGCAACAACACCACCACCAUCAUCUGCAGCACGUAUUAUCAGGGUCACCGGCGUCCCAAGCACCAAAUGUUAGCCCGACGCCCUCACAGCUUGUUCGACCGCCAUCCUCUAUGUCGCGCAGUUGGGGCAGCGUGAGCGCUAACGUCAACGAGGAACACGAACCCAUAGCCACUCUUGCCUUGCAGCAUCGCAACGGCUCCGAUGCUAGCUUUAAGUCAAAUUCCAGCACAGAGUCUGAUUCACUGCCCUUUGCCAACGAGAAUGCCGGAACGAUAAAGCAGCGCGCAGCACGCGUGGCCCAAGAGUACGCCAACAGUCCCAACCACAUGAUGUCCCAGCAUCAACACCAACACCAGCAUCACUCGAGCAGCGAACCUGCAGACGUGCUGAACGACAUCGGUAACAUGUUGACUAAUCUUACGAACGAGCUCGAUGCAAUGCUAGAGGAAGAAAAGCGCCAGGGCCUCAAUCCAUAAUAACCAUAGCACACAUCGCUGCCGUUGUUACCGUAACCAUCUCCGCCACCACUACCAACGCCGUUAUUGCCAUAUAAAAUAAAGGACGCAGACGUCCCAGCUAUUUUAACACGCAGAAUCGAAGACGAUUUGCAGAUUGUCAGUUUCCUAUUGAGCGACUCUGCAAAUUGACGAUAUUGUAGCUUGUUGCGUGAGAAUUACUAUAUACUAACAUAAACAAUAAUUAAGAUUUGAAAGUGGCUCCGGACUACAAUACUGUUGAUUCUAAUGAUAUUUAUCUCAUUUCUUAUAAUGAGUUUUCAAAGAAAAAUUAUUCAAUGGCUCUUUAGACAGAUUAGUACUAUAGUUAGACAAUUUUUAGCUACGUUAUUAUAAAUUGUUUCUUAAAUGAAAGCUGCAUUAUUUAAUUUUCUUAUGUCUUCAG